AUGGCCUGCGCCUUCUUCUUCGACGCCGAGCCGGUCGGCGAGCCCGGCGUGCACGCCCUGGACGCCUGCGCGCUCUGCACCAAGCCGCUGGCGCGGGACUGCGACAUUUUCAUGUACAGAGGGGACAUGCCCUUCUGCAGCGACGAGUGCCGGCACGAGCAGAUGCGGCUCGACGCCGCCUGCGCCAGGCAGACGGCCAGGGCGGCCGCCCGGAGGCAGAAGCAGUUCUCUUCGGGAACGGAGUCCGGCCGUGCACGCCGGGAGUCCUGCGAGGUGUCCGUCGCGAGCUAA